AGAGGCGGGCGGUGCGCGCGGGGUGCGCGUGACGCUGGGGCUCCCGGUCUUGUGCGGCCUGGGCGGCGUCCCACGGCUCGCUUCCCCACCACGAAAGCAAGCUGACCCAAGGGGCCUGUAGGGGCAAUUGUUGGUGAGGUCCAGCUCUGCGGCACGGAGGGACGGAGGACUCCGCAGCCCUGGGGCUAUCUGCCUGUGGCUUUUGCGAGAGCCGGAGCCGCUCUCUUACCCAGGUGCAGGGGCCGCUGGGGAGGAGGUGGAGGCAGGUGGGGCCAAGGGCAGGGCUAGACUCAGGCAGCCCCUCAGUGCCUCGUCAGUGCCCUGCCAUCUCAGACUGGGACUGAGUGCUCGAGACAUAGAAACUUCUCCUUUGGGGCUGUAGACUCUGGUGGUGGCUUCGCCGAAUAGAGGGGACGCCCAACCUCUGCAGAAGCUGCAGGAUGUUCAAGGGGCGUUGGUCACACAGGGCCCCGGGAGGAGAGACCAGGGACAGAGAGCUUGCAAGGCAGGAGGGCCCUGAAUUUCCAGGGCGCUCCAACUGUUCGGACUCCCGGGCCAAUAUUGGCUGAAAAUGGGGGGGUCUCAUGACGCCAUAAUCCCUUGAGCCCUGGACCGGCGGCUGUGAGUGGCACCACAGGCCCCCGCCCCCGGGCCCCCUGCGCUGGGCUGGGCGCGGUGCGGCAGGGCGUACGCAGUCGGAGGCGGCGCCGGUCAGGCCCGGGCGCCUAUGGACGCGCGGAGCCCGCUGUCUGCCCGGGCCAGCGCAUUCAGCAUCGCCUCUCUUGUUGCAGCCGAGGCCUCGGAGGGCACCGCCCACCGGGGCCCCAGGCCCUCGGACCGGGCGAAACUUCGCCGGCUACCAGGAUCCCCAGCCGGGAUGCACUUCAGUACAGUCACCAGGGACAUGGAAGCCUUCGCGGCCAGCAGUCUGAGCGGCCUGGGAGCCCCGUCGCCUGGCGCCGACCCGUUCGGCCCUCGGGAGCCGCCGCCACCGCGCUACGACCCGUGCACCGCUGCCCCCGGUGCCCCGGGCCCGCCGCCUCCGCCGCGCGCCUACCCUUUCGCGCCCGCCCCCGGGGCGGCUAGCAGCUCGGCGGCGGAGUCCGAGGGUCCUGGGGCUAGCCGCGCGGCCGCGGCCAAGGCGCCGGUGAAGAAGAACCCAAAGGUGGCCAGCGUGAGCGUGCAGCUGGAAAUGAAGGCGCUAUGGGACGAGUUCAAUCAGCUGGGCACCGAGAUGAUCGUCACCAAGGCAGGCAGACGAAUGUUCCCCACCUUCCAAGUGAAGCUUUUUGGAAUGGACCCGAUGGCUGACUACAUGCUCCUCAUGGACUUUGUGCCUGUGGAUGACAAGCGCUACCGGUACGCUUUCCACAGCUCCUCCUGGCUGGUGGCUGGCAAGGCAGAUCCUGCCACCCCUGGCCGAGUGCACUACCACCCGGACUCGCCCGCGAAGGGCGCGCAGUGGAUGAAGCAGAUCGUAUCUUUCGACAAGCUGAAGCUCACCAAUAACCUGCUGGACGACAAUGGCCACAUUAUUCUUAACUCCAUGCACAGAUACCAGCCCCGUUUCCAUGUUGUUUAUGUGGACCCUCGAAAAGACAGCGAGAAAUACGCAGAGGAGAACUUCAAAACUUUUGUGUUUGAGGAGACACGCUUCACUGCAGUCACCGCCUACCAGAAUCACCGGAUCACGCAGCUUAAGAUUGCCAGCAACCCCUUCGCCAAAGGCUUCCGGGACUGCGACCCGGAGGACUGGCCCCGAAACCACCGGCCCGGAGCGCUGCCGCUUGUAAGUGCCUUUGCUCGCUCUCGGAAUCCCGUGGCUUCCCCCACGCAGCCCAACGGAGCGGACAAAGAUGUGGCAGAAGCCCGGCGCGAGUUCGACCGUGACUCUGGACCCGCAGCGCUCGGCGACGCCACGCACCCGCCGCAGCUGCUGGCGCGCGUGCUGAGCCCCGCACUGCCUGGGCCUGGUGGCCUCGUCCCGCUACCUGGCGGAUCCGGAGGCCGCCACAGUCCCCCGCACGCUGAUCUGCGCCUGGAGGCUCCGGGCGCAUCCGAACCGCUGCACCACCAUCCCUACAAGUACCCGGCGGCCGCCUACGACCACUACCUCGGGGCCAAGAGCCGGCCGGCGCCCUACCCGCUGCCAGGCCUGCGCGGCCACGGCUACCACCCACAUGCGCACCCGCACGCGCACCCGCACCACCACCACCACCCGGCGGUGAACCCGGCCGCCGCCGCCGCCGCAGCAGCAGCAGCCAACGUGUACUCCUCGGCGGCCGCGCCGCCCGGUGCCUACGACUACUGCCCCAGAUAGUGCGCCCGCGCGCGGGCCCCAAGGGCCACCCAAGGACGUGUUCCCCAUCUGGGGAGCCAUGCGGGCCUCCCGCCCGCCAGUGCCAAAGCUCUCGUCCGAGGCGGAAGGAAAUGGUAUUUAUUGUUCUCCGCGAGACCGCGUCGCCUCCGGCCCGGCCGGCAAUAGCAGUGUAGACGACCCGAGUGAGCCCCGCCUGCGGGCGGUGUAGAUACAUGUAGAUAUCUUGUAGAUACUGUAGAUACUGCACCGGCGCCGAUUUCAUAAACGGUUUCGCCUCUUUUGGAAACUGCCGGUGUGGCUAUUCUUUUGCAUCUAAUUCGAUUGGGCUGGGCGUCUUUGGGGCAGAGGGCUUAGUCUUCUCAGCCCUGGUCACCGGUGUGAGCGUGGAGCAAGGGUCUCCCUCCCUUCUCUCCCCUGGGGCUCACUGCCUCCCUUCCGCAGCUCCUCCGGUCCACUACAGGCUGGGCGCGCGGUUUACCCAGGGCAGACACCUGCAGCUGGUGGGGCAGGAUUUGGGCCUGAACGCUGGCCUGUUUACAGGACUAGACCAUAAGUUUUUCCGUGAAAGCCGGGAAUGAUAUUCGGGACAGGACACUGUCCAUCCGGCCUCGGAUGGCAUGCGGAAAGCAGUGGGCUCGACUCUUCCAGCGUUGCCCUGGCCUGGCACCAGCCCAGAAUUGUGUUUCCCCCUGUUUAUUGACUUUAUUCCCUGAAUGUCCCCACAGAGUGAUGGGGAGCGGGGGUCGCACAAUGACAGUGGUCAUGAGUCAUCUUGAAACUCCCGGUGAAGCAAUUUUUCCCAGGCCAGGUGGCUGGGUGACCUGUCUCCAUUAACUCAACACUAUCAUAGUGGCCAAAGGAACCCUUUGAUCCCUCCCUUCCUGCGCCCCAGCAGGAAGGGCCAACCGAAGGCCAGCCAGAGUUAAGGCUGGCUUAUGCCUCAAAUAAAUGGGAAAUGUCA